GCCAUGGUGGUUCACGGCUCUAUGUUGGUCGCUUGUCAUCACGGACAAGAUCACGUGAACUUGAAGAUGUAUUUAGCAGAUAUGGAAGGUUUCUUGGCUUUUGCCAAACCUGGAGGUCUUGGUGAGAGGUCCAAUUGGUGGAUUUGGCGAGUCUUUCUAUAAUAUUAUUGCGUUUUUUAAUGGAAAUGGCAACAAUCUCAAAGUGGUGUUUAGUUGAUCUGUGAGGGGCGAAGUAUCAUCCCUUUGAUGCUUGUGUCAUGAUGGCCUUACUGUUUCUGGAACCCGUUUACGCAGAGUACGUGAUGUGGAUAUGAAGCGCGACUUUGCCUUUGUUGAAUUUAGUGACCCUCGGGAUGCUGAUGAUGCAAGAUAUAGCCUGAACGGUCGGGAUGUUGAUGGGAGCCGUCUAAUUGUGGAAUUUGCAAGGGGGGCACCACGGGGUCCUGGCGGAUCUCGUGAGUAUCUCGGGAGAGGGCCUCCUCCUGGAUCAGGACGCUGUUUCAAUUGUGGACUUGAUGGGCACUGGGCCCGAGAUUGCAAAGCUGGGGACUGGAAGAAUAAGUGUUAUCGAUGUGGAGAACGAGGGCACAUUGAAAGAAACUGCCAGAAUAGUCCAAAGAAAACCAAAGGGCGUAGUCAUUCACGUUCACCAAGUCCAAGGCGGGGCAGAAGUCGAAGCCGUAGUUACAGCAGGGGUCAUAGUUACAGUCGAUCCAGAUCACCUGUGAGGAGAGAAAGGAGUUUGGAGAGAAGAUCAAGGAGUCCUCAAGACAGCCGGAGCCCUAAGAGGCGUAGGGCUUCACCACCACCAUCCAAGGGGAGGAAGCACGAUCGUACACCCGAAGGGAGGAGCCCACGAGUGAGGGGUAGCCUCUCCCCCCAGGAUCGCAGAUCCGAUUACAGUAGGAGUCCCAGGGGAACGAGUGUUGAAGGAGACAAGAACGGGGAUAGGAGGCAUAGAAGCCCUGCUGAAGAAAAUGGUCACAGCCGCAGUCGCAGUCGCAGCCCAAGCCCCAUCCGCAGGGGUGAUAGGAGCCCUGUUGAAGAUGAUGAAGAUAACCAUGGUUCUCCAAGAGGCAGUGAAUCAGCUUGAAAGCAGUUUGAUGGCAUAUAUAUGCUGGUUUUACAUGAACAUUAGUGUGACAAUUUUCUUGCUUUAUCAAGUGGAACUUUUUCAAUAUUUUGUUUUCUAGCUCAAAAUUUUAGUUCUCUUUUAAGAUGAUGAAUUUGGAUUUAUGUGGGGGCAAUAGGUAAUUUAUGAUUCGGAUCCAGCAAUUUUCUGUGUGAUAUAUUUACAAGAAUUUCUGAAGCAA